GAAAGGGCGGGGGUGGGAGCAAAGGGGCUUCCCGGCCGGGAAGUCUGAAGCCUAGGGUUUCAGGAUUUUGCCCCCCCGGAGCGACCUUGGACAAGUCAUCCCUCCUCUCCGGGUCUCAGUUCCCUUGCUGUCAGAUGGGAGAGACGUUGAGUCCCUCCCUUCUUUGACAGUCCAAACGCGGGCGGUUCUAGAAGGAGCCUGAGUGAGUGGGAUCCAGACAGUCGCGGCAGGUACCUGCCUAUCCCUGGGCGUUAGGCAGUUUUUUUUUUUUUUUUUUAACCCAAUUUAGCCAUUCUUUUUCUCAGCGACGUUUUUGGUGCGAGUCAAGGCUCUCUGACUAGACAGCCCGGGUCUGGCCAGGACAGAAUGCUUUGACUUCCAAGCUGUUUUAAAUCUGGUAGAUAAGCCAGAUACUGUUCCGUAAGCCCUUGGCCCACAAUUAAGUGGGAAUGCAGCCAUCUUGGAUGUCUGGAACUUUUUAGGCACCAGUCUCUGAAGUCCUGGUUGCUGGCCUAAGGACUAGACUACUGGGGUGGUUCACGGGCUGGCCAUCUGUGCAGGAUAGCCACACAGCAAAAAUGUUUGCAAAACUAAAGAAGAAAAUUGCAGAAGAGACUGCUGUGGCCCAGAGGCCAGGAGGUGCUACCAGGAUCCCACGGUCGGUGAGCAAGGAAUCGGUUGCCUCUAUGGGAGCUGACUCAGGAGAUGACUUUGCUUCUGAUGGAAGCAGCUCCAGAGAAGAUCUUUCAUCCCAGCUGUUGAGAAGGAAUGAACAGAUACGGAAAUUAGAAGCCAGACUUUCUGACUAUGCUGAACAGGUCCGAAACUUGCAGAAGAUAAAAGAGAAGCUUGAAAUUGCGUUAGAAAAACACCAGGAUUCUUCCAUGCGGAAAUUUCAAGAGCAGAAUGAGACAUUCCAAGCCAACAGAGCCAAAAUGGCAGAAGGACUGGCUUUGGCAUUAGCCAGAAAGGACCAGGAAUGGUCAGAAAAAAUGGAUCAACUUGAAAAGGAGAAAAGGUUUCUGGCAGCUCAGUUGCAGGAAAUGAAGAACCAGAGUUUGAAUCUUUUCCAAAGGAGGGAUGAAAUGGAUGAACUAGAGGGCUUCCAGCAACAGGAACUAAGUAAAGUAAAGCACAUGCUUUUAAAAAAAGAAGAAAGUCUGGGGAAAAUGGAGCAAGAGUUGGAGGCACGAACCAGAGAACUUAAUCACACCCAAGAGGAGUUGAUGACCUCCAGUCAGAUAUCAUCAGACUUGAGCCAGAAGCUAGAAGAAUUGCAGAGACACUGCUCAGCGCUGGAAGAACAGAGAGAUCAUGUGACAGCUUCAAAAACAGGAGCAGAAAAUAAGAUCUCAGCCCUGGAGCAAAAGGAACAAGAGCUCCAAGCGUUCAUUCAGCAGCUUUCCAUGGAUUUGCAGAAGGCCACUGCUGAGACUCAGGAGAAGGAAAAACUCAUCACACAUUUGCAGGAGAAGGUCUCAUCUUUGGAGAAGAGACUAGAGCAGAACUUAUCCGGAGAAGAACAUGUGCAGGAACUGCUGAAAGAGAAAACUGUUGCUGAGCAGAAUUUGGAGGAUACCAGACAGCAGCUCAUGGCAGCCAGAAGCAGCCAGGCACAGGCCAUUGACACCCUGGAGACUCGGGUGAAAGAACUUGAGCAGAGCUUGCAGGCAUCUGAGGAGAAGCUAAAGCACAGUGGUGAUGUCGUGGCAGCUCAGGAAGCUCAGAUUCAGGAGCUCGCCGCCGCGAACAGGGAGAGCAGCCGGGCGCAGCAGCAGGUGCUUGCUCUGGAGCAGCAGUGCACGGAGCGUGUCCACACGCUGGAGGCCGAGCUCGCGGCCCUGGAGAGAGCCCGGGCGGCCGACCGGACAGCCUUGGUGCAAGAGGUGAGAGAGCUGGAGCAAGAAAAUGCAGCCCUCAAGGAAAGUAAGAGUGAAUAUGAACGUUCUUUACAGCACCACCAACUUGAGCUGCAGAAGCGGAAGGAAGAAUGGAGCCAAAGAGAAAUUGUGAGCGUCGCCAUGGCUCAAGCCCUGGACGAGGUGCGGAAGCAGAGGGAAGAGUUCCAGCAACAGGCUGCUAACCUCACAGCUGUCCUAGAGGAGAAGGAGCAGACUCUGCAGGAGAAAACGGAAGCGAUUCUCCAGAAAGAGCAGGAGAUUGUCCAGCUGAAGAAAGGUCACGACUCGGCCCUGUCGCAAAUGCACCAGCUGCAGAGUGAGCUGGAAGCCCUGCGGAGCCUGAGGGCAGAGGAGUCUGAGGCGGCUGCGAGGGACGACGUGCUGAGGCCGCCCAGCCCGGAGCAGGGCUUGUCGCUGUCAGUGUCCGAGCCUCACGUAACCUCGAGGGCCACGCAGGACCCCGUGUACCAGCUUCCAGCCGCAGAGGGAAUCCCAAAUGGUGAGGUGGGGCUCAUGGACCUAGGGCAGCUACAGAAGGAGAAACAGGACUUGGAGCAGCAGCUUGUGGAGAAAAAUAAGACCAUAAAGCAGAUGCAGCAGAGGAUGCUGGAACUCAAAAAGACUCUCCAGAAGGAACUGAAAAUCAGACCCGACAAUGAGCUCUUUGAAGUCCGGGACAAGCCUGGCCCUGAGAUGCCAAACAUGGCUCCUUCUGUCAUGAAUAACGCCGACCUGACUGAUGCCCGCGAGAUCAAUUUUGAAUACCUUAAACACGUGGUCUUGAAAUUCAUGUCCUGUCGAGAAUCUGAGGCUUUUCACCUUAUAAAAGCUGUGUCAGUGUUGCUGAACUUCUCACAGGAGGAAGAGAACAUGCUCAAAGAAACCCUGGAGUAUAAGAUGUCGUGGUUUGGGUCCAAGCCAGCCCCCAAGGGCAGCAUCCGGCCGUCCAUCUCCAACCCGCGGAUACCGUGGACCUAGAUGGAAGUACCAACAGGCGGAGCUCCACGCGAUGACACUUUUUCUGUGAAAAGAACACUGACACACCAGUCUGGGUGGGUUUUUAAUCACUGUAACUGCAGUAUUUUGUACAAGCGUCAAAACAUUGUUUACAAGACUUAAGGCCCCCUUCCCGACAGACUGAUCUGAACCUCAGGAGGCGGCUGAUCCUGUGUCCUUGUGCUCACCAAACAGAAGGGUCCUGGCACUACCCACAUUUCCACAGUGCUGCUAAAACCCCAGCUCUGGCCAGCGCUGUCCGCACCUGAGUCCUCUGAGUGGCCGUGUGAGCACUUAAAGCUGAAGCCAUCAGCAUCUGGUGGAGAGGCGGCCCCCGAUGCACCCCGUAGUGAGGACGCUGGACGGAAAGACGGUCCCUUGAGGUGGGGUCCAGCAGGCGAGCCCACCUGCUUCGGCCACGCAGAGCCAGCUCACUGGGGUGGGCUUUCAGAAAUUCCCCUUCCCAGUUAGCGUGUUUGGGUUCAGAUGAGAUAGAAGAGGCUUUUUAACCCUUCCUCUCAAGAAAACAUUAUUUCACUUUGUUUCUCAAACCACCCAGAGGUUUAGAUGUGCGCAUCUUUACCGUACUCUGGGGCCAGUGUGGAUUCAUGAAUAUGCAACUUUCUGACAGUAUCUCAUUUUACUGAAGAAAACUAGCAGAUACAUAAAAAAGAUCCUUAGUACCAAAUACACUCAAUUGCCUUUUUAAUGAAUGUACUUGUCUUGGAUAGGUUGCUGGUAAACCAUUUUAAACUAUUUUUUAUAGCUAAAGUUCUUCACUAUUAUAAACAUGUCUCUGUAUUAUAAAGUCCAUUUAAUUGGUGUUCUUUAAGGCAAAUCGGAGCAUCAAGAGGAAAUUAUUUCUAAGAUUGGGAUGCCUUUCCCUUUUUUAAUUUCAAUAGCAUUCUAUGGUCUCUGCUUCCCCCGAAGCAGUGGUGGUAUUUCAUUUGCUUUGCUCUUAAUUCUGUGUUGUAAGACUAAGCAAAUGCUAACCACACGUUUGCUACGGUUAAGGGCGGUCUGCGCCAUGCAGGGGAAGCAGCAGCUGUCCCUCCCCAUCCUUGACCAAAACACCGGAAGCGGUCUGCCUUCCCUGUGGAGCUACCACCUCUCCCCCCACCCCUACCCCUGCAUAUUUAAGACAACACUACAUUCAGAUAUAUACGACACGGCCGCAGUGCGUGACAGCACGCCCUAUGGCUCUGGUAGGGACCGUGAAAACUUGUUCUGUUAUUAAGGAACGGGAACGUGCUUGCCCUCGAUAAGCCACAGUAUGGACUGAAAAGAGAGACUGUUAAUUGAUUUCAUCCGAUGCAAGUUUCACUGGUUAGAUAAAAAGCUGAGUUAGUAACUGGAGCUCCUAAAUUUCUUCUCGGUUAGCCAAUGAUGUAAAGUUACAUUUCUCAAAAAUGCAUAGGGUUAAAAUAUGUAAAAUGUAUCUCACAGGAAAACAAACAUUUGCAGAGUUAAUGUCCUGCAUUUCCACAGAGCUGGAAGUACCAAGCCAGGGCAGCAUCGCCGUCAUCCCAGCUAGGCCCCGUGCCACCCAUUCUCCGGUUACCUAGCCCCUCCCGUGGCUUCGCCCCGCAGAUGGCCUUCCUUUGUUGAGAGUAUUAUUGUCCAUUUAUCUGGUGGGGACACAAGACAGGAGUUCCUUCUGUUCUGUAAUUUUGGUAAGAGGUAGCUUUUCCAGCUGUUCCAGGAGAGAAUCCCCACGGUCGGGUGGCUCAGGGCUUGCCAGCAGCCGCUGCGACAGCAACAGCGCGGUGGGAGCCCCGUCCCGCCCCGCUGUGGCCUCUCCAGCCCUUGAGCUGGUCUCAGCCUGCCCCGCCCACAGCCCGAGUGGCUCACUCAGCCCGGACUUGCUUAGGGAGGAUUCACUCUGAGUAGGCUUUCCUCUUGCAUGUCGAAUUCCCUUCAGCUUUAAGAGGAAGAGUGGAGUAAAUAUUCUGAGUGAUUUAAUGCACUUUUACUUGUAUAAAACGUUCUGUGAUAGAGACAGUAUGUAUAGCCCUAUAUAUGAGCAUUUGAUUUGGAUCUCCAUGUUGUAAAUAGGAAUUGUAUUAUCUAAGACCGCUGUAGAAAAUUCAUUUGUGUCACUUUUUGAUUAAAGCUCUUUAAGCCAGAUG